CCUGAUGGUAAAGGUACUAUGUUGAAAUGGUGGAGGGAGAAAAAGAUGGAUCCCAAAACACUCAUGCAGCUCCUGGAUAUGCAGCCAAUGAGUACAGCGAAAAUGGUGGAACCAAACAUUGCAAAACAGUUGGGUGCCGCAGUAGGAGAGAUUGAUAUGAUACUAACAGACAUUGCAAAAUCUCCUCCUUGCAAGAAAGCCCAGACAAUUGCUUUCAGAUACAUCAGGAAAUUUAUAGAGAAUCUUCACAAAGCAUUUCACAUUCGGUCACAGGAAUAUUUUGAGGUGGAAAAUGAAUUGAGAAAGUCAGAUUCAUUUGGCUCCCAGGGUGCUGAAGAUAAUCUGGUGAACGAGCUAAAACACCUCCGAGAGCACAGUAAUGCACUUAAAACACGUGCUGAAUUAGCAGAACAUCAUUACAGGGAAGCAUGUAGCACCAACUACAAUUUGGAAAACACCAUUAAAGUUUUGAGGUCCAAAGUUGCACAACUACAAAACAUUAAAAAAACAGUCUCUCAUGAGCAAAUCACGUCUGAAAAUUUGUCUCCAUCUGAUGAUAUGCAAAUAAAAACAAAGCAGACGCCCAAAACAAAUAAAAGAACUACGCUUGUGAAAAAGUCAAGGGACAAAAUCAUUCCCGUAGAAAGUCUCAGGGGGAAAUAUCCCUUUAGUAAGGAGCACAAAAAUAUUCUUGUUGAUGGGCAUGAUAGACUUGACGAACAAAGGAUAAAAUCCACAACAGGGAAAAGUUCAUUUGCAGAACCUCAGGAACAACAGACUAUCCUAGAAGUAUCCAAGGAAGGAAACAUUCCCAAAGAAAAAUCUGAAGGGAAAGCUAUUCCCACAGAAAUGUCCAAUGGAAGUAUCAUUCCCACAACUCAGCCCAAACCGGAGAUGGUUCUUACUGAAGUCGUCCAGUGCAAGAUGCAUAAAUCUGAUAUGAGUGCAGAAAAGAAACGGAGGGCAUCUGCUCGGAAAGAAGAAGCUUUGAAGACCAAGGCUAAGAAAAUGGCUGCGGACUUGCUGACAGAUUUUCAAACUGCUGUUUUGUAUUCACUGGAUCACGGACUGAGCAGUGGCAAAGAACUUUCUCCGGGUGACGUCUGUAAGGUCCAAGCUCUUCUCAAGUCUGCUGAAUUAAAAAAUCUUUAUGGAGUGAUUGAGAAAGCACUCAAAGAAAUGUUUGCCAAGCCAGUGCAGAACACCAAGCAAGAGCAUAGUGAGCAACCUAUUCAUGUAUUAGUGCCAACAAAGGAAAGCCAAGUGGAGAAAUUAAAGGAGGAACAACCUGAAUUUACAACUUUAGCUGAACUUCUUGAAGAAAUUUCCAGAUUCAGUAUCAUUCAAGAGAUUGCACUUGAUGAAUUAAGUGCCCAAAUUCAAUAUUUCAUUGAAGAGGCCAAAGAAGACAAAAAUAUGUCCCAGGAAGAAGCCCACUUCUAUGAAAAAACCCUGGAGGCCUUGGACACAAUUUUGACACUUGAGAAAAUGUCCUCUCGUGCUGGAAUGGACCAGUUAAUUAGGAUUCGAGAGGCAACCAAGAAUUUGUACUCUAUCAAUAAUGUCCUUGGGCUUAAAGGAAAGGAAAUUAAACUACAGGCAGAAUAUUUUAAGAAGGAAGGAGUUCUUCUGCCCAAUAUGGGAUCAGAGACAAUAGAAAGAACAGUACAACCCAGGGGAAAGGUCUUCCAGGCUGCUGAUACCAACAAAAUUGUAGAUGGAUCGUAUAUUGUAAAUGUGACAUACCUAAGAACGAAUUAUAAAACAUUGGACCAAGCAGUGUAUAAUGGUAUCAUUUCCAGACAACUCCAUGCCAUAGCAACUCAUCUUAUUCAUCAAACAUUAACUACGGUUCAGCUUCGACUGGCUUACUUAUUCAGAAAGUACAUCACCUUCCGUCAUAUCCAAACACUUAGAAAUUAUUUGAACAACAGGAUGUCUGAUGUCAACAGCAAGGAUGAAGAGGUUGCUGAGGAUCUGUACAGAUUUGCAAACAGACUUGAAGCACGUGUAAAAUCCAGCAUGCAGCACUGGGAUGCAAGACAGCAACUAGUUAAUCAGAGUCGCCAAAAGCACUUGAAUCGAAUGACCGACCUGUUCAAUCAGCUUAAACACCGCACUGGUCUACACUUGUUUAGUCCAUUUCUGGCCAAACCACCAAAUCCAAGGACUAGGAAGCAGUUCGGGUCCCCUCUUCAGCCGACGUUUUUGAUAGCAUCCAAUAAACCAUGUUAUCUUCAUGGUCAGGGCAACUGUGCAUCUUCAGCUUUUCUUAGAAUGAGGAACUCCCAAAUGUUAUCCACAAAUAUUGUUGAUGGGAGUUUUCCAAUUGCCAAGAAGAACUCUGCUAUCCCAGCUUCAUUUCCAGAGACUCCGAAGUUAAUGACAAUGGACAGAAAGAAUUCUUUCAGAGAAAUGUUGGCAAAGACUCAGAUAAGUAUUGUUGGAGAGAGCUUGCAGACACCAAUGAAGAGCCUUUCCAUUCCAUCUGAAUCGUAUGUUUUCAGACAAAAAUGUGGCCUUAACCCUUGCUACAUCUACAAACAAGUUUAAUUUCUUUCAGCAGAGGUAAAGAGUUUGUUGCAAUAACAGUUGUUGUGCCUCGUAAAUGUUGUGCUCUGCAUUCCAUUUUUGUUUUGUAACUGUUUUUUGCUUCAAUAAAAUAUAAACAACACUUACAGAUUUUGAUCCUUUACUUCAGCAGUUUCAAUUGACCUGGAGGCAGGGACAGUUUUCAGUUUCGUCUUUGUGAUGACUAGUGGGUACAAGUAUCUGCUGUAUUGAACAUGACAUGAUCCUUACUAUUGGGCCUGUUUUGCAACCUUUCAAGAUUUGCAAAUGUUACUCUAGUUUUUUUUUGUUUCUAAUUUUUCUGCUUAUCACAGAUAAGGAUGUUAUUCCUGGGAGAUCGUAGCCUUUUGUCACCCACUGCAAUCACUAUGCAUUUUCAGCUGUUUAACACAGUUCCAAUAAUGUGCAGCAGUCUCAACCCCAGGCUAUCAUCCUGCUCCAAGACCCAUACUGAGUGGUACUAUAAAUGUAAUCCUGUUAAUGCUGAAUCAUGAGUAGUUGGGCUUGGGCUCCUGACCUGCUAGGAAGUGGGUUGAAACAUUAGUAGGCAAGUAGUAUUAAUAGUAAUAGUCCACAGCCACUACUGCUUCCAGUGGGUUCAUGUGGUAAUAUUUGGGUUAGUGAAGUUAGUAAAGUAAAUAUGCCCUCUUCCUCUCUCCAUUUCUAAACCCUCACCUUUGGUGGUCUGCAUUGCCCUUAAUCAAUUGGAAAACACGGGUGAUUUACUGGUAAAUGUAAGAGCACUUCUAGAUAUAAAAAAGCACAAAGGGAGUGUUUUGUGGCACGGUGCUAGUAUGGGCCAGAAGGCCUGUGUUCAAGUCUUAACUGCUCCAGGGGGUGUGUCACAUGUCUGGACAGGUUGAUUAACAAAUUAAUUCUAUAAACCUACGUCUGGACCAAAAGUCCUGGGUUCAAGUCCCAUCUGCUUUCAGAGGUGUGUGAUAACAUCAAUGAACAGGCUGAUUGGAAAAUAUAUAGAGCUGUGGUUAGUAGGAGGGCUCUUGUAGUGCAGUGGCAGUGUUCUUAUCUCUGGGCCAGAAGGUUUGGGUUCGAAUCCUACCAGUCCCGGAGGUGUGUCAUAACACAGGUUGCUUAAAACUAAUUCAUAAAGUAAGUGAGGGUGCACUAAUUCAAUUGGUCAUUAAACAUAAUAUAAAGUGGGUCAAUAGCUCUUGUGGCACAAUGGUGGUGUCCUUAACUCAGCCAGAAGGUCCAGGUUUAGAUACACCCACUGGGUGUCUCACAGCAUUUCCAAAAAGUUUGAUUAAAAAUAAGUACAGUAGACCUAACCAAAAGACCCAAGUUAUACUGGAAUAUUCUGAGAGAAUCUCUUGAAUGGCUGCUGUAAUACAAAAAAAACUCAAUGCAAUGGUUGUGUCACACCUUCUGGGCCAGAAGGCUGAGAUUCAAAUCUCACCUGCUCUCGAAGUGUGUCACUACAUCACUGAACAGGUUGAUUAGAAAAUAUCUAAAGUGGGUAAGCAUUUCUUUUA